AUGAGAGUCACAACCUUUGUGAUCCUGUGUUGUGCGUUGCAGUACGUAGCUGCAGACGUAUUAGACGAUGAUGUAAAACGCUUUCUAUCGGGGAGCAAUAACUAUGAAGAAACUACUGAAACCAAAUCUGAUGAAACGAUAAUCAAUAACGGCACAUUAGUUGAACGACAAAUUACAACUAAAGAAUUUGUAGACAAAUCGAAAACUAAACAUAAUGCAUCCGGUGAAACAAUAACCAGAACUAUCGUCAUUCAAACAAAUGCCCAAGGGGAAGAAACAAUAAGUGAGACGGAUGUUGUCGAAACGACAGUGUCGCAACCAUCAGCGUCAAGUGCGUCCUCAAGCGCUGCUUCAGCAGCACUUGCCAAUGGAUAUAAUGACUUCGGAUCAAGGUCACAAUUCGGCCAAAGAGGACAGAAUGUCAUCAUCAACGAAAACGGAUCUGGCUCAUCUGCAGCAUCGAACGCUGACGCAGGAUAUCGUUCCGGCAGCAACAUUUACGAUUUAGGAUCUGGACUAUUCGAACUUGAUACCUUCGGAGAAAAUGGCGGUCAAGAUUCCACUGUCAUAUUAAAUGAGGAUGGAUAUAGAUACGGUACUGGUAGUGGCAGUUCCGCUUCAAGUGUUUCGGGCUCUAAUAGCGCUGGACAAUAUAGCUUAGGUGGAUUUGGCUCCAGUGCAGGCUCUACCGCUGCCGCUGCCUCAGGCGCCGCUUCUGAAAAGCAAGGCUUUGGACAACGUAGAUACGGUGCUGGUGGAUAUGCUGCAGGCGACACGGCCGCAGCUGCAACCGCAGCCGCUGCCGGUAACGGUGCUUCAGGCUACGUUGGAUACGGUUCUGGGUUACAACUCGGACAAGGAGGACAAUAUGUCGAUCUGUACAGAGGAGGUUCGGGAUCAGGGUCUGGUGCAGCAUCUUCUGCCGCAGCCUCAGGCGCCGCGUCCGAAAACCAAGGCUUAGGACAACUUGGAUCCGGCGCUGGUGGAUCUGGUGCAGGCGCCGCGGCCGCAACUUCAGCCGCAGCCGGUGCCGGUGAAGGUGCUUCAGGCUACGUUGGAUACGGUUCUGGGUUACAACUCGGACAAGGAGGACAAUAUGUUGACCUAAACAGAGGCGGUUCGGGAUCAGGGUCAGGUGCAGCAUCUGCUGCCGCUGCCUCAGGCGCCGCGUCUGAAAACCAAGGCAUAACACAACUUGGAUACGGCGCUGGUGGAUCUGGUGCAGGCGCCGCGGCCGCAACUUCAGCCGCAGCCGGUGCCGGUGAAGGUGCUUCAGGCUACGUUGGAUAUGGUUCUGGGUUACAACUCGGACGAGGAGGACAAUAUGAAGACCUAUACAGAGGAAGUUCGGGAUCAGGGUCAGGUGCAGCAUCUGCUGCCGCUGCCUCGGGCGCCGCGACUAAUAACCAAGGCUAUACACGAAGUGGAUACGGCGCUGGAGGAUCUGGUGCAGGCGCCGCGGCUGCAACUUCAGCCGCAGCCGCAGCCGGUGCCGGUGACGGUGCUUCAGGCUACGUUGGAUACGGUUCUGGGUUACAAAUCGGACAAGGAGGACAAUAUGUCGACCUGUACAGAGGAGGUUCGGGAUCAGGGUCAGGUGCAGCAACCGCUGCCGCUGCCUCAGGCGCCGAGUCUGAAAACCAAGGCUUAGGACAACUUGGAUCCGGCGCUGGUGGAUCUGGUGCAGGCGCCGCGGCCGCAACUUCAGCCGCAGCCGGUGCCGGUGAAGGUGCUUCAGGCUACGUUGGAUAUGGUUCUGGGUUACAACUCGGACGAGGAGGACAAUAUGAAGACCUAUACAGAGGAAGUUCGGGAUCAGGGUCAGGUGCAGCAUCUGCUGCCGCUGCCUCGGGCGCCGCGACUAAUAACCAAGGCUAUACACGAAGUGGAUACGGCGCUGGAGGAUCUGGUGCAGGCGCCGCGGCUGCAACUUCAGCCGCAGCCGUAGCCGGUGCCGGUGACGGUGCUUCAGGCUACGUUGGAUACGGUUCUGGGUUACAAAUCGGACAAGGAGGACAAUAUGUCGACCUGUACAGAGGAGGUUCGGGAUCAGGGUCAGGUGCAGCAUCUGCUGCCGCUGCCUCGGGCGCCGCGUCUGAAAACCAAGGCUUUAGACAAAGUGGAUACGGCGCUGGAGGAUCUGGUGCAGGCGCCGCGUCCGCAACUUCAGCCGCAGCCGCUGCUGGUGACGGUGCUUCUGGCUACAUUGGAUACGGUUCCGGGUUACAACUCGGACAAGGAGGACAAUAUGUCGACCUGUACAGAGGAGGUUCGGGAUCAGGGUCAGGUGCAGCAUCUGCUGCCGCUGCCUCGGGCGCCGCGUCUGAAAACCAAGGCUUUAGACAAAGUGGAUACGGCGCUGGAGGAUCUGGUGCAGGCGCCGCGUCCGCAACUUCAGCCGCAGCCGCAGCCGGUGCCGAUGACGGUGCUUCUGGCUACGAUGGAUACGGUUCUGGGUUACAACUCGGACAAGGAGGACAAUAUAUUGACCUGUACAGAGGAGGUUCGGGAUCAGGGUCAGGUGCAGCAUCUGCUGCCGCUGCCUCGGGCGCCGCGUCUGAAAACCAAGGCUUUAGACAAAGUGGAUCCGGCGCUGGUGGAUCUGGUGCAGGCGCCGCGGCCGCAACUUCAGCCGCAGCCGGUGCCGGUGAAGGUGCUUCAGGCUACGUUGGAUAUGGUUCUGGGUUACAACUCGGACGAGGAGGACAAUAUGAAGACCUAUACAGAGGAAGUUCGGGAUCAGGGUCAGGUGCAGCAUCUGCUGCCGCUGCCUCGGGCGCCGCGACUAAUAACCAAGGCUAUACACGAAGUGGAUACGGCGCUGGAGGAUCUGGUGCAGGCGCCGCGGCUGCAACUUCAGCCGCAGCCGCAGCCGGUGCCGGUGACGGUGCUUCAGGCUACGUUGGAUAUGGUUCUGGGUUACAAAUCGGACAAGGAGGACAAUAUGUCGACCUGUACAGAGGAGGUUCGGGAUCAGGGUCAGGUGCAGCAUCUGCUGCCGCUGCCUCGGGCGCCGCGUCUGAAAACCAAGGCUUUAGACAAAGUGGAUACGGCGCUGGAGGAUCUGGUGCAGGCGCCGCGUCCGCAACUUCAGCCGCAGCCGCUGCUGGUGACGGUGCUUCUGGCUACAUUGGAUACGGUUCCGGGUUACAACUCGGACAAGGAGGACAAUAUGUCGACCUGUACAGAGGAGGUUCGGGAUCAGGGUCAGGUGCAGCAUCUGCUGCCGCUGCCUCGGGCGCCGCGUCUGAAAACCAAGGCUUUAGACAAAGUGGAUACGGCGCUGGAGGAUCUGGUGCAGGCGCCGCGUCCGCAACUUCAGCCGCAGCCGCAGCCGGUGCCGAUGACGGUGCUUCUGGCUACGAUGGAUACGGUUCUGGGUUACAACUCGGACAAGGAGGACAAUAUGUUGACCUGUACAGAGGAGGUUCGGGAUCAGGGUCAGGUGCAGCAUCUGCUGCCGCUGCCUCGGGCGCCGCGUCUGAAAACCAAGGCUUUAGACAAAGUGGAUACGGCGCUGGAGGAUCUGGUGCAGGCGCCGCAUCCGCAACUUCAACCGCAGCCGCAGCCGGUGCCGGUGACGGUGCUUCAGGCUACGAUGGAUACGGUUCUGGGUUACAACUCGGACAAGGAGGACAAUAUGUCGACCUGUACAGAGGAGGUUCGGGAUCAGGGUCAGGUGCAGCAACCGCUGCCGCUGCCUCAGGCGCCGAGUCUGAAAACCAAGGCUUAGGACAACUUGGAUCCGGCGCUGGUGGAUCUGGUGCAGGCGCCGCGGCCGCAACUUCAGCCGCAGCCGGUGCCGGUGAAGGUGCUUCAGGCUACGUUGGAUAUGGUUCUGGGUUACAACUCGGACGAGGAGGACAAUAUGAAGACCUAUACAGAGGAAGUUCGGGAUCAGGGUCAGGUGCAGCAUCUGCUGCCGCUGCCUCGGGCGCCGCGACUAAUAACCAAGGCUAUACACGAAGUGGAUACGGUGCUGGAGGAUCUGGUGCAGGCGCCGCGGCUGCAACUUCAGCCGCAGCCGCAGCCGGUGCCGGUGACGGUGCUUCAGGCUACGUUGGAUACGGUUCUGGGUUACAAAUCGGACAAGGAGGACAAUAUGUCGACCUGUACAGAGGAGGUUCGGGAUCAGGGUCAGGUGCAGCAUCUGCUGCCGCUGCCUCGGGCGCCGCGUCUGAAAACCAAGGCUUUAGACAAAGUGGAUACGGCGCUGGAGGAUCUGGUGCAGGCGCCGCGUCCGCAACUUCAGCCGCAGCCGCUGCUGGUGACGGUGCUUCUGGCUACAUUGGAUACGGUUCCGGGUUACAACUCGGACAAGGAGGACAAUAUGUCGACCUGUACAGAGGAGGUUCGGGAUCAGGGUCAGGUGCAGCAUCUGCUGCCGCUGCCUCGGGCGCCGCGUCUGAAAACCAAGGCUUUAGACAAAGUGGAUACGGCGCUGGAGGAUCUGGUGCAGGCGCCGCGUCCGCAACUUCAGCCGCAGCCGCAGCCGGUGCCGGUGACGGUGCUUCUGGCUACGAUGGAUACGGUUCUGGGUUACAACUCGGACAAGGAGGACAAUAUGUUGACCUGUACAGAGGAGGUUCGGGAUCAGGGUCAGGUGCAGCAUCUGCUGCCGCUGCCUCGGGCGCCGCGUCUGAAAACCAAGGCUUUAGACAAAGUGGAUACGGCGCUGGAGGAUCUGGUGCAAGCGCCGCAUCCGCAACUUCAACCGCAGCCGCAGCCGGUGCCGGUGACGGUGCUUCAGGCUACGAUGGAUACGGUUCUGGGUUACAACUCGGACAAGGAGGACAAUAUGUCGACCUGUACAGAGGAGGUUCGGGAUCAGGGUCAGGUGCAGCAUCUGCUGCCGCAGCCUCGGGCGCCGCGUCCGAAAACCAAGGCUUGGGACAACUUGGAUACGGCGAUGGUGGAUCUGGUGCAGGCGCUGCGGCCGCAACUUCAGCCGCAGCCGCUGCUGGUGACGGUGCUUCUGGCUACAUUGGAUACGGUUCUGGGUUACAACUCGGACAAGGAGGACAAUAUGAAGACCUAUACAGAGGAAGUUCGGGAUCAGGGUCAGGUGCAGCAUCUGCUGCCGCUGCCUCGGGCGCCGCGACUAAUAACCAAGGCUAUACACGAAGUGGAUACGGCGCUGGAGGAUCUGGUGCAGGCGCCGCGGCUGCAACUUCAGCCGCAGCCGCAGCCGGUGCCGGUGACGGUGCUUCAGGCUACGUUGGAUAUGGUUCUGGGUUACAAAUCGGACAAGGAGGACAAUAUGUCGACCUGUACAGAGGAGGUUCGGGAUCAGGGUCAGGUGCAGCAUCUGCUGCCGCUGCCUCGGGCGCCGCGUCUGAAAACCAAGGCUUAGGACAACUUGGAUCCGGCGCUGGUGGAUCUGGUACAGGUGCCGCGGCCGCAACUUCAGCCGCGGCCGGUGCCGGUGACGGUGCUUCAGGCUACGUUGGAUACGGUUCUGGGUUACAACUCGGACAAGGAGGACAAUAUGUCAACCUAAACAGACGAGGUUCGGGAUCAGGGUCUGGUGCAGCAUCUGCUGCCGCAGCCUCAGGCGCUGCGUCUGAAAACCAAAGCUUAGGACAACUUGGGUACGGCGUUGGUGGCUCUGGUGCAGGCGCCGCGGCUGCAACUUCAGCUGCAGCCGCUGCCGGUAACGGUGCUCCAGGCUACGUAGGAUAUGGGUCUGGUUUACAACUGGGACAAGAAGGACAAACUGUUGUACUAAAUGAAAAUGGACCUGGAGCAUUUGCAGAAUCAAACGCAGCUGCAAGCUCUAACUACGCGUCUGACUACUACGAUGCUGUCUUUGAAAGAUUCAGGCUCGGUAACUAUGGAUCAUCUUCAUUGUUCGCACCAUACGGCGGUCAAAACCGCAAUGUAAUAGUCAACGAGCGUGGAAAUAGAUCGGGAGCUAAUAGUGGCAGUUCCGCUUCUAGUGCUUCGGAUUCUAAUAGUGCAGGACAAAAUGGAUUAGGUGGACUCGGCUCCAGUGCCGGCUCUUCCUCAGCUGCUGCAGCUGGUGCUGCCGCCGCCGCUGGAAACCAACGCUUACAAGAUGGAUACGGUGACGGUGGAUCUGGUGCAGGUGCCUCGGCCGCAAGUUCAGCCGCAGCCGGUGCCAGUGACGGUGCUUCAGGCUACAUUGGAUACGGUUCUGGGUUACAACUCGGACAAGGAGGACAAUAUGUCGAUCUGUACAGAGGAGGUUCGGGAUCAGGGUCUGGUGCAGCAUCUUCUGCCGCAGCCUCAGGCGCCGCGUCUGAAAACCAAGGCAUAGGACAACUUGGAUACGGCGUUGGCGGAUCUGGUGCAGUAGCCACGGCCGCAACUUCAGCCUCAGCUGGUGCCGGUGAAAGUGCUUCACGCUACGUUGGAUACGGUUCUGGGUUACAACUCGGACAAGGGGGACAAUAUAUCGACCUGUACAGAGGAGGUUCGGGAUCAGGGUCUGGUGCAGCAUCUUCUGCCGCAGCCUCAGGCGCCGCGUCUGAAAACCAAGGCUUAGGACAAAGUGGAUACGGCGCUGGUGGCUCUGGUGCAAGCGCCGCGGCCGCAAAUUCAGCCGCAGCAGCUGCUGGUGAUGGUGCUUCAGGCUACGUUGGAUACGGUUCUGGGUUACAACUCGGACAAGGAGGACAAUAUGUCGACCUAAACAGAGGCGGUUCGGGAUCAGGGUCAGGUGCAGCAUCUGCUGCCACUGCCUCAGGCGCCGCGUCUGAAAACCAAGGCAUAACACAACUUGGAUACGGCGCUGGUGGAUCUGGUGCAGGCGCCGCGGCCGCAACUUCAGCCACAGCCGGUGCCGGUGAAGGUGCUUCAGGCUACGUUGGAUAUGGUUCUGGGUUACAACUUGGACAAGGGGGACAAUAUAUCGACCUGUACAGAGGAGGUUCGGGAUCUGGGUCAGGUGCAGCAUCCGCUGCCGCUGCCUCGGUUGCCACGUCUGAAAACCAAGGCUUAAGACAAAGUGGAUACGGCGCUGGUGGCUCUGGUGCAAGCGCCGCGGCCGCAACUUCAGCCGCAGCAGCUGCUGGUGAUGGUGCUUCAGGCUACGUUGGAUACGGUUCUGGGUUACAACUCGGACAAGGAGGACAAUAUGUCGAUCUGUACAGAGGAGGUUCGGGAUCAGGGUCUGGUGCAGCAUCUUCUGCCGCAGCCUCAGGCGCCGCGUCUGAAAACCAAGGCAUAGGACAACUUGGAUACGGUGCUGGUGGAUCUGGUGCAGGCGCCGCGGCCGCAACUUCAGCCGCAGCCGGUGCCGGUGAAGGUGCUUCAGGCUACGUUGGAUACGGUUCUGGGUUACAACUCGGACAAGGGGGACAAUACAUCGACCUGUACAGAGGAGGUUCGGGAUCAGGGUCAGGUGCAGCAUCCGCUGCCGCUGCCUCGGGCGCCACGUCUGAAAACCAAGGCAUAACACAACUUGGAUACGGCGCUGGUGGAUCUGGUGCAGGUGCCGCGGCCACAACUUCAGCCGCAGCCGGUGCCGGUGAUGGUGCUUCAGGCUUCGUUGGAUACGGUUCUGGGUUACAACUCGGACAAGGGGGACAAUAUAUCGACCUGUACAGAGGAGGUUCGGGAUCAGGGUCAGGUGCAGCAUCCGCUGCCGCUGUCUCGGGCGCCACGUCUGAAAAUCAAGGCUUAAGACAAAGUGGAUACGGCGCUGGUGGAUCUGGUGCAGGCGCCGUGGCCGCAACUUCAGCCGCAGCCGGUGCCGGUGAAGGUGCUUCAGGCUACGUUGGAUACGGUUCUGGGUUACAACUCGGACAAGGAGGACAAUAUAUCAACCUGUACAGAGGAGGUUCGGGAUCAGGGUCUGGUGCAGCAUCCGCUGCCGCUGCCUCGGGCGCCACGUCUGAAAACCAAGGCUUAAGACAAAGUGGAUACGGCGCUGGUGGCUCUGGUGCAAGCGCCGCGGCCGCAACUUCAGCCGCAGCAGCUGCUGGUGAUGGUGCUUCAGGCUACGUUGGAUACGUUUCUGGGUUACAACUCGGACAAGGAGGACAAUAUGUCGAUCUGUACAGAGGAGGUUCGGGAUCAGGGUCUGGUGCAGCAUCUUCUGCCGCAGCCUCAGGCGCCGCGUCUGAAAACCAAGGCAUAGGACAACUUGGAUACGGCGCUGGUGGAUCUGGUGCAGGCGCCGCGGCCGCAACUUCAGCCGCAGCCGCAGCCGGUGCCGGUGACGGUGCUUCAGGCUACGUUGGAUACGGUUCUGGGUUACAACUCGGACAAGGAGGACAAUAUGUCGAUCUGUACAGAGGAGGUUCGGGAUCAGGUUCUGGUGGAGCAUCUUCUGCCGCAGCCUCAGGCGCCGCGUCUGAAAACCAAGGCAUAGGACAACUUGGAUACGGCGCUGGUGGAUCUGGUGCAGGCGCCGCGGCCGCAACUUCAGCCGCAGCCGGUGCCGGUGAAGGUGCUUCAGGCUACGUUGGAUACGGUUCUGGGUUACAACUCGGACAAGGAGGACAAUAUGUCGAUCUGUACAGAGUAGGUUCGGGAUCAGGGUCUGGUGCAGCAUCUUCUGCCGCAGCCUCAGGCGCCGCGUCUGAAAACCAAGGCAUAGGACAAUUUGGAUACGGCGCUGGUAUAUCUGGUGCAGGCGCCGCGGCCGCAACUUCAGCCGCAGCUGGUGCCGGUGAAGGUGCUUCAGGCUACGUUGGAUACGGUUCUGGGUUACAACUCGGACAAGGAGGACAAUAUAUCGACCUGUACAGAGGAGGUUCGGGAUCAGGGUCAGGUGCAGCAUCUGCUGCCGCUGCCUCAGGUGCCGCGUCUGAAAACCAAGGCAUAAGACAACUUGGAUACGGCGCUGGUGGAUCUGGUGCAGGCGCCGCGGCCGCAACUUCAGCUGCAGCCGGUGCCGGUGAAGGUGCUUCAGGCUACGUUGGAUACGGUUCUGGGUUACAACUCGGACAAGGAGGACAAUAUAUCGACCUGUACAGAGGAGGUUCGGGAUCGGGGUCUGGUGCAGCAUCCGCUGCCGCUGCCUCGGGCGCCACGUCUGAAAACCAAGGCUUAAGACAAAGUGGAUACGGCGCUGGUGGCUCUGGUGCAAGCGCCGCGGCCGCAACUUCAGCCGCAGCUGCUGCUGGUGAUGGUGCUUCGGGCUACGUUGGAUACGGUUCUGGGUUACAACUCGGACAAGGAGGACAAUAUGUCGACCUAAACAGAGGAGGUUCGGGAUCAGGGUCAGGUGCAGCAUCUGCUGCCGCUGCCUCAGGUGCCGCGUCUGAAAACCAAGGCAUAAGACAACUUGGAUACGGCGCUGGUGGAUCUGGUGCAGGCGCCGCGGCCGCAACUUCAGCCGCAGCCGGUGCCGGUGAAGGUGCUUCAGGCUACGUUGGAUACGGUUCUGGGUUACAACUCGGACAAGGAGGACAAUAUAUCGACCUGUACAGAGGAGGUUCGGGAUCGGGGUCUGGUGCAGCAUCCGCUGCCGCUGCCUCGGGCGCCACGUCUGAUAACCAAGGCUUAAGACAAAGUGGAUACGGCGCUGGUGGCUCUGGUGCAAGCGCCACGGCCGCAACUUCAGCCGCAGCAGCUGCUGGUGAUGGUGCUUCAGAAUACGUUGGAUACGGUUCUGGGUUACAACUCGGACAAGGAGGACAAUAUGUCGAUCUGUACAGAGGAGGUUCGGGAUCAGGGUCUGGUGCAGCAUCUUCUGCCGCAGCCUCAGGCGCCGCGUCUGAAAACCAAGGCAUAGGACAACUUGGAUACGGCGCUGGUGGAUCUGGUGCAGGAGCCGCGGCCGCAACUUCAGCCGCAGCCGCAGCCGGUGCCGGUGACGGUGCUUCAGGCUACGUUGGAUACGGUUCUGGGUUACAACUCGGACAAGGAGGACAAUAUGUCGAUCUGUACAGAGGAGGUUCGGGAUCAGGGUCUGGUGGAGCAUCUUCUGCCGCAGCCUCAGGCGCCGCGUCUGAAAACCAAGGCAUAGGACAACUUGGAUACAGCGCUGGUGGAUCUGGUGCAGGCGCCGCGGCCGCAACUUCAGCCGCAGCCGGUGCCGGUGAAGGUGCUUCAGGCUACGUUGGAUACGGUUCUGGGUUACAACUCGGACAAGGGGGACAAUACAUCGACCUGUACAGAGGAGGUUCGGGAUCAGGGUCAGGUGCAGCAUCCGCUGCCGCUGCCUCGGGUGCCGCGUCUGAAAACCAAGGUUCAGGACAGCUUAGAUCCGGCGCUGGUGGAUCUGGUGCAGGCGCCGCGGCCGCAACUUCAGCCGCAGCCGCAGCCGGUGCCGGUGACGGUGCUUCAGGCUACGUUGGAUACGGUUCUGGGUUACAACUCGGACAAGGAGGACAAUAUGUCGAUCUGUAUAGAGGAGGUUCGGGAUCAGGGUCUGGUGCAGCAUCUGCUGCCGCAGCCUCAGGCGCCACGUCUGAAAACCAAGGCUUAAGACAAGGUGGAUACGGCGCUGGUGGCUCUGGUGCAAGCGCCGCGGCCGGAACUUCAGCCGCAGCUGCUGCUGGUGAUGGUGCUUCAGGCUACGUUGGAUACGGUUCUGGGUUACAACUCGGACAAGGAGGACAAACUGUUGUAGUAAAUGAAAAUAGACCUGGAUCAUUUGCAGAAUCAAACGCAGCCGCAGGCUCUAACUACGUGUCUGACUACUACGAUUCUGUCUUUGAAAGAUUCAGGCUCGGUAACUAUGGAUCAUCUUCAUUGUUCGCACCAUACGGCGGUCCAAACCCCACUGUCAUAGUCAACGAGGGUGGAAAUGGAUCGGGUGCUAAUAGUGGCAGUUCCGCUUCAAGUGCUUCGGGUUCUAAUAAUGCAGGACAAAAUGGAUUAGGUGGACUCGGCUCCAGUGCAGGCUCUGCCUCUGCCGCUGCCGCUGGUGGUACCGCUGCCGCUGGAAACCAAGGCUUACAAGAUGGUUACGGCGCUGGUGCAACUGGUGCACCUGCCGCGGCCACUACCGCUGCCACUACGACUUCCGGUCUAUCGGAUGGAGGACUGUUCGGAUGCGGACGUUCUGGUAUUCGUAAACCAUGUAGACUUAUUCGAAGGAACUACAUAAUUAAGAUUGGACGACGUGGCAUCUCUUAA